AUGAUGGCCGAGAGCUUCCCAUUCUUCGACCUCCCAGGGGAGCUUCGGAACAUGAUCUACGAUCAUACUCUUCAGCGACAGGAUGAUAGAACCUGCUGCAUGGAUAUCUACCUCGAGACUUUCGCCAAAGACCUUGUCACAGUAUCGCGCCAGUUCGCCAAAGAGUAUCGGGAGAGUCGCGCAAAAUCAGUAUCUCGGCUCACGAUAACAAAGACCCUAGCCAAAGGUCGCUCGAAAGACGCCAUACCGUGCUUUCUGGGCCACAAGCAGCUGGAUCUGUCUCGCCUGUUUACAACUGCCACGCACCUCAAGCUGAACCUCACAGCGUUUCUUUUCGCGCACAUUCAUGCGCAUCGAGCAUGGUUGGCCAGGUUGGUCCCACAUAUGCGAGGACUCAAGCAAGCAAUCGACAUUCGGGUCAACGUCCGGAUAUUCAACCAGAACAAAAGCGACGCAUUGAAUGCCAUCGAGCAGAUCCGCCUCGAGCUGAACGAGAUAACCUGGAUGCGACUGGUAUGCACGACCACGCUGGACGUGCACUACGCAAAGAACGAGGCGGAGUUCCGUAACUUUGGCUUCGAUAAUCUGUAUAUGAGUCUCUCUGCUGAGACAGGCAAAGUGGAGUACUGCGACGAGGGUGCGAUAGCUGUGACGAGGUGUGCAUCAGCCCACGAUAGCGACUGCCACAUGACUGCGUGA